UCGUCAUUCUUCCGUCGCUCGUUACUCUGCUCUGCUGUUGUUAUUAUACUGUACUGUACUGCUCAAAACAAAGCAUAACCGUGUUCGCUUGUUUGUAGCUUGCUUGAAAAAAUCGAUAUAAGUGGGGAAAAGUUACGUGGAUUUGUGGAAAAACUAGUGGAAAACAUUGCCAAUGAUGGACUACGACGAAUUAACCGUGGUGGAAGAGCAAAAUCAGCCGGAAAGGAAGGAAAGCGGCAAGCGGGGACGUAAACCAGGCCGCAAAGCAUCAACGGAGCGGGUCGAUAUGAAGGCAAAGCUCGAACGCAGCAGACAGAGUGCCCGGGAGUGCAGAGCUCGCAAAAAGCUGCGCUAUCAGUAUCUGGAGGAACUAGUCAGUGACCGCGAGAAGGCAGUGUACGAGUUACGCCGUGAGCUGGAGAAACUUCACUACUGGGCACUGGAAGUCGAUGCCGGUCGGUUCCCCGAGGGUUUGCAGGAACUACUCGAGGAACUGGGUGCCCUGAAGCAGGAGUAAUCUUUUGAUUUCGUCCUUCGGUUUUGGAAUAUGUUUUUUAUGCAUUAUGAGAUCGUACUAUUUAUUUGGUAAUGCUGGUUUGGUUCAACUUUAGAUUCGAUUCAGUUAGGAACGAUUUACAUAUUGCUGUUCGAAUAGGUUUGUUUUAGUUGUAUUGUAAAUUAAAGUUAGUUGGGUUAUGCGUUUUAAGUUUCUGCAUAAAUGCGUGAGUAAAAAACUACAAAAAAAUAUUGCAAAACGAAAGAAAAAAACAACAAAAAAAAUCCCUAACAUUAUAAAUUACCUCAUAGAAUGGUAAUGCUAAGUACAACAAACCCAAAUAUACAAAUAAGAUACGAUACACGUUGGACAGAGGAUACUUUUUCGACAACUAGUGAUUGACACACCCAAAUGUUACAAACAUAGCACCAUAGUAUUGGUAUGCAACGUGCUUUAACACUAACGCUGUGUUGAAAAUCUACGGUGAAAUCCUUCGCACAUGAAAAUAAAAAGAUACCACAAAACAAAAAUCAGCUUAUGAAUUUGAUUGUUUUCCAGUAAACCGACGGUUAUACACUGCAAAUGGUGUCAUAUAGAAUUAAACAAGCAUCUAUUUUUGUAACACACAUUUUAACAAGUACCAAUAAAUUACAGUGUGAAAAAAAAAA